GGGGACGGACCAGGAUCUUGCUGCUCCAUGGCUGAUUCAAUUGAAAGCAUAUGCUCUGCCGGAUGCCUACGGUUUUCGCGGAAUACGUCUUCCACACGAGGAGACGCAAACGUGCCGACUCGGCUCCCUGACGCUGGGCCCUGGCCUCUUCUCUUCCACACGGACGACGCAGCAAAGUGAACCAGCGGCCCACGAAACUCCGGCGCCCGCCUGACCUCGCCACCUCGGAAGAACCCUAGCCGCCCCGCCCAUGGAUAUCGCCGGCGACCGGCGACGAUAGCGAGAAGCAAGGGAGGACGUGCCGUGACCUUGCGGAAUCGCUUCGCCCGAGGCGUGGGGCGCUGAGAGGAGGAGAGGGGAGGAAGAGGCGGGCGGUGGGGCGCGAUGUCGGUGCGGAUCAAGGCGGUGGUGGACCGGUUCGUGAAGGAGCUGCAGGAGGCGCUGGACGCGGACAUCCAGGACCGCAUCAUGAAGGAGCGCGAGAUGCAGAGCUACAUCGAGGAGCGCGAGCGCGAGGUCGCCGAGCGAGAGGCCGCGUGGAAGGCCGAGCUCUCACGCCGCGAGGCAGAGAUUGCACGGCAAGAGGCCAGGCUGAAGAUAGAAAAGGAUAACCUGGAGAAGGAAAAGAGCGUCCUCAUGGGAACCGCUUCCAGCCAAGACAACCAAGAUGGAGCCCUUGAAAUCACCGUCAGCGGUGAGAAGUACAGGUGCCUUCGUUUCUCCAAGGCAAAGAAAUGAGAGGAGAUGAAUUGGCACCGAGGAGCUAUAGCUUGCGUGCUCAUAGUCAAUUAGUCAGUACUCAGUACUGUACUGAACAUAGUCCCAUAGCUUAGCCCAUAUUUUGAUUUAAAUUGGAUUGGAUUCUUUUUCUCUUGUACAGGGAAAUCCUGAAAUGUGCCGAAACAGAGUAAUAUAUUUACUGAUGUUAAGACUGACAUUAAAAAAAGCGUGGCAGCUAGAACAGCUGCAGUUGGACUUAAUGAUGACUGAA